AUGAUAAAUGGGGCUGGGAGCAUGCGCGAAAGACAUAACGGAGCGAAAGUGAACAUGUGCCUGGACAGGGGGGCGAUACAUCAACAUUACUCUCAGCAGUCGACGGCAUCUUCGACUCGACGUAGACCGAUCGACGAUGUCGUCGACCGGUUCGAUCGUCGAUACACUGAGAGCGUUGAUGUCAUCUACCAGGUGUUGGGAGGCGUUGAUGAUCAUUAA